UUUCUGUCAUUGUGCAAAACAAGUCGGUUCGUGUUUACUCUUUGAUUUUGUUAUUAAUUUUAAUUAGUAUUUUAUUUAAUUAGUGUUUCAGUAUUAGAAAAAUGGAAUCAGACACAGUAGAACUGGAUGGGUAUUACAGUAUUGAAGAACUGGAAUCAAACAAAGCGGUAGUGGAUGAGGAUUACACAGUUCGUGAUCACUUGAAAAUCUAUUUGCUCGACAUAACCCAUGACGAUUACGGAUGGCGUGACAUUCGAUGUAAAAAAAAUGUCGAAAAACAGUCACUGGAAUUAUUAUCGCGCUAUUUUGGAAGAAAAACCUGUGUGUUUAACAGGAAUCCCUUCACCGACGAACUUUCCUACGACAUAAACUAUAUUAAGACCUUGUUUCCUUCCAUGGACGAGGCUUACAUAAGAGAACAUUUACAAUUAUUCAGAGAGAUGCCAAAUCGUGUCGAAAUGGCUCUACGAGUCAUUGUUCACACGAAACAAAAAGAAGCCGCAUUACGCAAAAGAACCGUUCUGAACGUCAAGUUAGAAAAUAGCAUAAAACCGCCAAAAAUCAGAAAAGUCUCAGUGAUGAAACAAACCCCCGAAGCCUCCACUUCGACUAACAUUUGCAUUGUUAAUUUUAACGAAAAACCAUGCACUAUUACAUCGUCGUCGGAGACUGAAGCCGAUAACGACACACAACCCCUCAACGAGCCCGACGACUACCUCAGAAUUGUGCUGAAUAUGGAGCAAAAUGCGCGAAAAGUGGCCACUAACUCACAGGAUUCAGAUAAAACCGAGAUUUAUUCACCCGAAACGGAGGGCCCCCUCAAUUUAAAAGUCGCAGAAGUUGGCGAGGAAGAAAGGUUUAUUCAAGCGUGGGAAAGUAGUUUGUCCAAUUUGGAAGAAACGCCUUCGACGUCAUUGGUACAACAAAAUGAAAUCGUGGAUCAAAGUGAAGAGAAUUUUGAUUUAGUAAAAUAUGUCCAAGGUGUUACAAAGGCCCCCCCCGGUGUGAUUAAAUAUCACUGUAGAAAAUUACGUUUGUCACGACAUAGAAAACCUCAAAAUGCGCUUCUUGAUCUUCUUAUUAAUAAUGUUUUAAGUAAUAGUUUAGAUUCGGACACGAGUGAUGAUAGUGAAAGUCCAAAGAUAAUCGAUGUUAAUAAUGAGUUGCAGGAUCGACCCGAGCAAAGUUACGAUGAACCAGAAAAUGUUAACAUUCAAUUGGUUAAUCAUUUAUGUAGCAUGAUUCCUGAUGCUUGUCCUCGUUAUAUAAGAAAUUUGUGUCAGAAUAAAGCCAUGAAUGAUGCGGUUGUGGAUGAAUUAAUUACAGUUAUUUUUAGUACAAACAAUGAGUAUCCAAAGCGAACUUUACCGGUCCCUGAACCGGAAGUAAUCCCGGAAAAUCAGUUUGAAAUCCUCCGGGAAGUGCUUCCGGACGCCGAUCCUGAUUACCUCCGCAUGAUGUGUGAUAAAUUCGAGGGAAAAUCAGAAAGUGUGAAAACUUUCAUUAAUGAAGCGAUGGAAAAACGCGAUUAUCCCAAAUUGAAGGAUUACCAACGUAAACAACAAUUAUCUGCACAACAAAAACAAUACACGAGUGAAUUUGAUGUUAAAAAUUUCGUGAAAGUAAUCCCAAAUCCCGAGGAUUUUUUCCAUGAAAAGUCACGAACUCUCAAAGUGGACACAUUUGAUAGUCAUUAUGCUCUAGUUUUCCUAAAAAAUACCUUUAAUAAGUUGUCUAUUCGUACGAUUCAAAGUGUUUAUCAAGCAAAUUCCACUAAAGACAACUGUAAUCUAUCGAAAACUUUUAAUCAAUUGGAAAAAAUGCAAAAGUUUGGGAUUGAAGUGAUGAAAAGUGUUCGUAGAGCUGCCCCAUUGCCUAAUAACAUCACCAACAUACCACUCCUUCAAGAGAUCGCAUAUUUGGGUCAUAGACGCGAAAUCACCGAUUAUGUCAACGAAAUUAAACAACGUGAAAAUCUGGAACGUGAAGAAGUGAAAAGUUUAGGUUUAAUGCAAACAUGUAAUUGUUGCUACGAUGAAGAAGUUCUCCCACGUGAGAUUUACACGUGUGAGAAUAAUUGCGAAUUUUGUAAAUCUUGUAUUGUGAAAAGUGUCGAAGUGGCGUUUGGGGAAGGAAAACUGUCUUUUCCAUGUCUCGCCAGUUGUGAAUCAUCAUUUAGUCUUCAAACAUUACAAGCCGUUUUGAGUCCGAAAUUGUUUUCGAAAAUCGCCCAAAAGAAAGCCCUCGAGGAGAUUAAAGCUGCAGGAAUUGAGGAGUUGGAAAUGUGUCCUUUUUGCGAUUUUGCCACGAUUCCUGCUGAAGGCUAUAACAUUUUCACGUGUUUGAAUCCUGAGUGCAUGAAGGAGUCCUGCAGGAUGUGCAAGGAGCCGUCGCAUAUUCCUUUACGAUGUGAGGAAAUUGAAAAGGAUGCUGAUGUCAAGGCGCGAAUUUUUGUUGAGAAUAAAAUGACUGAGGCUUUGUUGAGGAAAUGUUAUAAAUGUGGGGUGAAAUUUUUCAAAGAAGAGGGUUGUAAUAAAAUGACUUGUUCUUGUGGGGCCUCGAUGUGUUACAUAUGCGGAAAACCAGUCACCGAUUAUAAACAUUUUAAUGGAAAUGGGGGCGAUCGUUACGAUUUGUGUCCUUUGUAUAGUGAUACACAUGUUUUAAAUAAGGAGAAUGUGCUCAAGGGGGCUGCUGAGGCUAAAGCCGAGUUGGGAAAUGUGGUUUUGAAGCAUGACCCAACAAAGGAUGUACAGCAACACUAUAGUGAGAGGAAAAGGAAACUUCCAUUAGAUCAUCUAGUCGUGGGGGGACAACAUGCCCGUUUCCAGCAUAAUCAUUGGCCCUAAUUAUAAAUAUUUUUUACCAUUUGAAUAAUACAUUUAUUUUAUUACGA